GGCGCGCCGCCGAUCUCAGCCGGCAGCCGGUCGAGGCGACAGCUGACGGUGCCCGUUUCCGACUGCCAGAUAUCAUCUCAACGGGCCAGAGAGGAAUGGAGCCCACCCUACUCAGACACUUGGACCAUCCGUCGCUGCGCGGCACGCCGCUGGCCAUGCUGGCCGCCCAGUGCAACAAGUUGACCAGCAAGUCACCGCCCGCGCUAGCCGACGCCGCCGUCGGCAAGGGCUUCACGCCGUGGAAGAAGGGCGGCCCGACGUCGUCGCCGGGCUCGGCGGCGUCGCGCUCGUCGCCGGUGGCCAGCUCGGCAGCGCCGGCGGGCCUGAGCUACUCACGACCGGCAGCCAACAGCCCGGCCGGGGGCCUGCCCGCCUACGGCGGCGGCGAGUACUUCUCGGCCGCCAUGGCGCCCGGCGGCGACGCGCUCAAGAUGGACGCCGUCGGCUCGCACCACUUCGCGCCGAUGACCUCCGUGUACGGCCGCGUGCCGGGCCACCCGUACGACCAGUGGCCGUUCGCUGGCGCGGCCGGCAGUGGCGUUAAGCCAGAGGUGUCGGCCAACUCGUGGUGGGACAUGCACUCGGCGGCGGCCGCGCAGGCUAACUGGCUAGAGAUGUCGAACGCGGCGGCGGCCGGCUCGGCGCUGGGCGGCAUGCCGGCCAUGCCGCAGAUGUCGUACCCGGUCACGUCCGACUAUGCGCCGCUGGGCUUUAGCUCCAACGCACAUCUGCUCUCCUCCGGCCAGCACCUGCUGCAGGACACAUACAAGUCGAUGCUACCUGGACAGACGAUGCCGGGCGCCGUGGGCUCGCCGUUCGGGCUGGCGCAGAGCAGCCUGGGGCCGGUGGGCAGCUCGCGCUCGCAGCGGCGCUACACGGGCCGCGCCACGUGCGACUGCCCAAACUGCGCCGAGGCCGAGCGGCUCGGCCCGGCCGCCGCGCUCCACCUGCGCAAGAAGAGCGUCCACUCGUGCCACAUCCCCGGCUGCGGCAAGGUUUAUAACAAAAGCUCCCACCUCAAGGCCCACCUGCGCUGGCACACCGGCGAGCGGCCGUUCGUCUGCAACUGGCUCUUCUGCGGUAAGCGGUUCACGCGCUCGGACGAGCUGCAGCGCCACCUGCGCACGCACACGGGCGAGAAGCGCUUCGCCUGCCCGCUCUGCAACAAAAAGUUCAUGCGUUCCGACCACCUGGCCAAGCACUCCAAAACGCACACUGAGGAGGGCGGCUGCAAGCCGGGCUCGGGCAGCGACUCGGAGUCGCCGAGCGAGGGCCGCUCGGUGAGCUCGCCGCCGUCCGUGCACACGCCGCCGCUGCACAGCGCCGCCACCUCGCCGGCCGACGUGAAGCCGGCCCUAUAG